CCUUAAGAAGCGAAAGAGGUGAAACAGGAAUUCUGACCAUCGGAAAGGAGCGCGCGGCUGGAGAUGGAACUUGGGCUGGAAGCAUUGGACCCCGACUCCAUCGAGCGCUCCCUGCUAGUGGAGGUUGAGCAUGUCCCUGUGGUUAGUUCAUUGGCAGAGGAAUGGGGUAACGUUUGGGGUUUCAAAGCUCGGCCUGAUGAUCUUCUCAUCUGCACUUACCCUAAAGCAGGGACCACUUGGAUGCAGGAAAUUGUGGACAUGGUUCAGCAUGGAGGGGACCCACAGACUUGCGCCCGUGCCCCAACGCAUGAACGCAUGCCCUUCAUAGACAUGAUCCCUCCAAAGCCCAUCCCCUCUGGUGUUGAUCAAGCAGUGGGAAUGCCCUCUCCUCGCACACUCAAAACUCACCUCCCUGUUCAGCUCAUCCCACCUUCCUUCUGGGAACAGAAAUGCAAGAUCAUUUAUGUGGCCAGGAAUGCGAAGGACAACGCAGUCUCUUAUUUCCAUUUCCAUCACAGUGGCAAACUGCUUCCCGAACCAGGAACUUGGGACCAGUUUCUACAUAAUUUCAUUGCUGGGAAGGUUGCCUGGGGUUCUUGGUUUGACCAUGUUCGGGGCUGGUGGGAAGCCAAGGACCGUCACCCAAUUCUGUAUCUCUUUUACGAAGGCCUGAAAGAGACCCCAGCCCGGGAAAUCCAGAAAGUAGCCCAGUUCCUGGGUGUGACGCUUCCGGAGCCGCUUGUGAACCAGAUUGUACAGCACACAACAUUUGAGAGCAUGAAAGAAAACCCAAUGACGAAUUACAGCACCGUGCCUUCUUUCAUCUUGGACCAAUCUGUGUCCCACUUCAUGAGAAAAGGCACUGUUGGAGACUGGAAAGAUCAUUUCACAGUGGCUCAAAGUGAAUGGCUAGAUGAAGUCUGUGCGCGAAAACUGGGGGGCAGCGGGCUGACCUUUCGCACUCAAAUCUAAGCACAACUAUGUGGCCACCAUGGAAACUUUCACCCAAAUGUGCCAGGACUAUAGAUUUUACCAGCAUUGAAUCAAAUGACUUAUGAGGCCACAAGCAAGGGCCGCACAUGUCAAUGUUUGCAUGUGGACUUUUCAAAUUGAUCGUUUUUGUAUUUUCCUUUGCAAAUUAAUUUGGAUGAAACAAUUGGGCUUGCUCACUUGUCGCAUUUUGUUACCGACAUCUUAGUCUGUGUUUUUCAAACUAUAUACAUUUCUGUCCAAAGAGCUCAGUGCGAUAUAUGUGGCCAUUUU